AUGGAUGUCUUAAAGCCAUUAUCGCUGGGUGGAAACUUCCCUAGUAGCGGGGCGGUGGCUGCUAGAGCGCGUGAACAGAUGCAGAAUGCUGCAUCUGGGACGCCUAAAGAGGUGAAGACUGAUGGGGGCGGAAUGCAGCGGACUGAGACGGUGCAGACAGUUUAUGAGAAGGAUAAAGAUGGGGAGAGGACGUUCCGGCGGUUAGUUGUCGAGUACAAUUAG